AUGUUCGGGCAUGUCGAGCCGCAGGGCGUCGUUCAGCCCAUGUACGUGUCCGUGGUCGUCACCUGCCCCGGCUCGCGCAUCGGAAAGGUCAUCGGCCCGGGCGGCUCGGGCCUCCGCCACCUCUGGCGCCUCGCGCGUGUCCGAGCCCACGUGCCGAGGGAGGCGCUCGAGAACGGCGACCGCGAGAUCCAGCUGACGGGCACGCCGGAGCAGGUGCAGCAGGCACAGCACAUCAUGGUGCAGAUGAUGUCGCAGCCCAGCCUCGCGCCCGUCACGGCGCCGGGCGGCAUGAUGGGGAUGGGUGGCCGGCCUCUCGCACCGCACCCGGUCUCGGCAGCGCCGGUCGGGUCGGCGCGGCUGCUGCUCGAGUCGAUCCGGGUCGGCCACCUGGAGAGCGGCGCCCACUUUGAGCUCGCGCGUGGCGAGUGGUUUGGCAUGUUCCUGCCGGCGCAGCCUAUACCGCGCCCGCCGAGCAUGCAACCGCCGCCGAUGCAGCAACCGAUGCAGCUCUCGCCCAUGCCGAUGCCACAAGUCGCACCUAUGCCGCAGCCGCACGCUCUGCCGGGCGGCGGCGCGGACGGCACGCCUUUGGCGGCGGCGCUCGGGGGGCUGCACUUGGGCCUUCCGCCGCCGCAGUCAGCGGCGACCGCGGCGGCGGACGAUGGGAUCUGGUCUGCCGUCUCGUCGUCUCGCGACUCCGCCGUCUCGCACCCGCGCGUGAGCACGAGCUGGGCGUAG